AUGACAAAAAUCAAGGUCGGACUGAACGGAUUCGGAAGAAUCGGCCGCUGCGUGACGAGAAUUCUGGCUGAAGAGGAGAAUGUCGAGCUCGUUGCGAUCAAUCACUGUGGCGCGAUUGAAUACAUGUGCUACAAGUUGAAAUAUGAUUCGACCCAUGGAACGUUCAAAGGGACCGCCACUCCGGCUGAAGAUGGGAAUUUGAUGCUAAAUGGGAACAAGGUCCAUAUUUUCUCAACCAGAGACGUAAAUGAACUCGACUGGAAGUCUGUUGGAGUCGACUACGUCAUCGAUUCUACCGGAAUCUUCAAUAAUCUCGACAAGUGUCAACCUCACAUCGACAACGGCGCGAAAAAAGUCAUCAUCACGGCUCCCUCUCCAGAUGCUCCUAUGUUUGUCUAUGGCGUCAAUCAUGAGCAAUAUUCACCAGACAUGAAGAUCAUCUCUAACGCUUCCUGCACCACAAACUGCCUUGCGCCCGUCGUCAAAAUCCUCCACGACAAAUUUGGAAUUCAAGAAGCUCUCAUGACAACUAUCCACUCUUAUACCGCCAGUCAAAUGCUUGUCGAUGGCUCUUCCAAGGGCAAAAAGAGCUGGCGAGAUGCAAGAGGUGGCGCUGUCAACAUCAUUCCUGCCUCUACCGGCGCUGCAAAAGCUUGCACAAAGGUCAUUCCCGAGCUGAAGGGUAAAAUAACCGGCAUGGCAUUCCGAGUUCCAACUCCAAAUGUCUCCGUUGUUGAUUUGACUGUCAAAGUUCAAAAAGAAACUAGCUACCAGGAGAUUAUGGACAGCAUCAAGGCUGCUGCUCAAGGCGACCUCGCCAAAGUCAUUCAGGUGACCGAGGAGCCUUUGGUCAGCUCUGACUUCAACACAACUCCUUUCAGCUCAUCCGUAGAUGCUGCAGCUGGAAUUGAGCUCAAUUCUACCUUUUACAAAUUGGUUAUCUGGUACGAUAACGAGUGGGGCUACUCUCAACGAGUCGUUGACUUGCUCAAAUUUGCUGCUGCCAAGGACUUGACUGCAUAA